AUGAAGUCAUUUAGCGUAUGUAAAUCAUCUAUAACAAUUGCAGGCGAUGCAGCGCAAACGGACCAAACAGAACCGUUGGAUUUAUCAAUAUCAAAAGUGAGAGAUGACGGACAUGGAUCACAAGGCUUAUCAAUGGGCGGAGAGGAUGAGGAAAGGAUUGGUUUACAAGUGCUUCAAACAAAAAUUCUGGACUUAUCAGCUCCAAAACUGAAAAAGGGAGGGAGUAAAUCGCAAGGCUUAUCAGUGGAUGGAGUGAGUGAUGAAGGAAUUAAACCGCGGCAACAACUCGUUCCAAUCGAAUCACUGAUGGAAGAGAUCGAACUAUCAAAGCAAAAAGAGAGGAGAAAGAAGCAACGUUGUGAUAUAUGUCGAAAGGAAGUAACAAACAUGAAAACACAUAUGAUGACUCAUACUGCAGAGAAGCCGUACGGUUGUCCGACAUGCAAAAAAUUUUUCAAUAAUUUCUCGAAUAUGAAAAGGCAUAUGAUUACCCAUACCGGUGAGAAGCCGUACAGUUGUCGGAUAUGCAAAAAGAAUUUCAAUGAUCCCGGUAAUAUGGAAAGGCAUAUGAUGACUCAUACCGGUGAGAAGCCUCACAGUUGUCCAGUAUGCGGGAAAAGUUACGUACGAAAGAGCGAUUUGCACAUUCACACGGCAAUUCAUGGCAUGAAUAGUAGACCAGUCUACCACUGCACUAUUUGCAGUAAAGACUUGCAGAGUAAACUAGGCUUGAAAUUACACAUGAAGAAACAUUAA